UCGCGAUGGAGGACGGCGGCGGCGGUUGUCAGAAGCGGUCUCAGACGAGCGGGUCGGGCGCGGCGGCCGGAGACGACAAGCCGCCGGGGCCCUGGAGCAAGGAGAAGAAGGACCCCAACGCCUCCGUGGCGGACAAGGAGCAGGAGCUGUCUGAGGAAGACAAACAGCUACAGGAUGAGUUGGAAAUGCUUGUGGAGCGCCUGGGGGAGCACGACACAUCUCUCUAUCGGCCCGCCCUGGAGGAGCUGCGCAGGCAAAUCCGCUCUUCUACAACCUCCAUGACUUCUGUGCCCAAACCCCUGAAGUUCCUUCGGCCGCAUUAUGGGAAGUUGAAGGAGAUCUACGAGGCCAUGGCUGCAGGGGAGAAUAAGCGUUUUGCAGCUGACAUAAUAUCUGUCCUGGCCAUGACGAUGAGUGGAGAACGAGAGUGUCUGAAAUACCGGCUGGUGGGAUCCCAGGAGCCCUUGGCCUCAUGGGGGCAUGAAUAUGUCAGACACUUAGCUGGCGAGGUGGCCAAGGAGUGGCAGGAAAUAGAAGAGGCAGACAAGACCCAGAAGGACACACUUCUGACCCUGGUGAAGGAGAUUGUGCCCUACAACAUGGCCCACAAUGCGGAGCACGAGGCCUGCGACUUGCUCAUGGAAAUCGAGCAGAUGGACAUGCUGGAGGAAUAUAUCGAUGACAAUGCCUAUGCCAAAGUCUGCCUCUACCUGACCAGCUGUGUUAGCUACGUCCCUGAGCCUGAGAACUCUGCCCUCCUCCGCUGUGCCCUCAGCAUCUUCCGCAAGUUCAACCGCUACCCAGAAGCCCUGCGCCUGGCCCUCAUGCUGAAUGACAUGGAACUAGCAGAGAACAUCUUCAUCUCCUGCAAAGAUGUGGUGGUUCAAAAGCAAAUGGCUUUCAUGCUGGGUCGCCAUGGGGUCUUUCUGGGUCUAAGUGAGGACGUAGAAGAGUACGAGGAUCUCACAGAAAUCAUGUCCAAUGUCCAGCUCAAUAGCAACUUUCUGGCUCUGGCCAGGGAGCUGGACAUCAUGGAGCCCAAGGUCCCAGACGAUAUUUACAAAACCCAUCUAGAAAACAACCGGUUCGGCGGCAGCGGCUCUCAGGUGGAUUCGGCCCGCAUGAACUUGGCUUCGUCUUUUGUGAACGGUUUUGUGAACGCCGCUUUUGGGCAGGACAAGCUGCUGACGGAUGACGGCAACAAGUGGCUGUACAAGAACAAGGACCACGGCAUGCUGAGUGCGGCGGCCUCACUAGGGAUGAUCCUGUUGUGGGAUGUGGAUGGAGGGCUUACACAGAUCGACAAAUACCUGUAUUCCUCAGAAGACUACAUCAAGUCCGGGGCUCUCCUGGCUUGCGGUAUUGUGAACUCUGGGGUGAGGAACGAGUGUGACCCUGCCCUUGCGCUGCUCUCGGACUACGUCCUCCACAACAGCAACACCAUCAGGAUCGGCGCCAUCUUUGGGCUGGGGCUGGCGUACGCUGGGUCCAACCGAGAAGACGUCCUGACCUUGCUGCUUCCCGUGAUGGGCGAUUCCAAAUCUAACAUGGAGGUGGCUGGUGUGACAGCCCUGGCCUGCGGAAUGAUUGCCGUGGGCUCCUGCAACGGCGAUGUCACCUCCACCAUCCUCCAGACCAUCAUGGAGAAGUCCGAGACGGAGCUGAAGGACACGUAUGCCAGAUGGCUGCCUCUUGGCCUGGGCUUGAACCACCUGGGCAAGGGGGAGGCCAUCGAAGCGAUCCUGGCAGCCCUGCAGGUCGUGUCGGAGCCCUUCCGGAGCUUCGCCAACACCUUAGUGGACAUCUGUGCCUACGCAGGAUCCGGCAAUGUGCUGAAGGUGCAACAGCUCCUCCACAUCUGCAGCGAGCAUUUCGAUUCCAAAGAGAAGGAGGAGGAGAAAGAGAAGAAGGAGAAGAAAGACAAGGAGAAGAAAGAGACGCCUGCUGACAUGGGGGCCCACCAGGGAGUAGCAGUGUUGGGGAUUGCGCUCAUCGCUAUGGGGGAGGAGAUUGGGGCUGAGAUGGCUCUGCGAACCUUCGGUCACCUGUUGCGAUACGGGGAGCCUACCCUUCGCCGAGCUGUGCCCUUAGCCCUGGCUCUCAUCUCGGUCUCCAACCCCCGCCUCAACAUCCUCGACACCCUCAGCAAGUUUUCCCAUGACGCUGACCCAGAAGUCUCCUACAACUCCAUUUUUGCCAUGGGCAUGGUGGGCAGUGGGACCAAUAACGCCCGUCUGGCUGCAAUGCUGAGGCAGUUGGCACAAUACCAUGCCAAGGACCCCAAUAACCUCUUCAUGGUGCGCUUGGCUCAGGGCCUGACACACCUCGGGAAAGGGACACUCACCCUCUGUCCGUACCACAGCGAUCGGCAGCUCAUGAGCCAGGUGGCUGUGGCUGGCCUCUUGACUGUGCUAGUGUCCUUCCUGGAUGUGCGUAAUAUUAUCCUGGGGAAGUCCCACUACGUGCUGUACGGCCUUGUGGCUGCCAUGCAGCCGCGCAUGCUAGUGACUUUCGACGAGGAGCUGCGUCCCCUGCCGGUGUCCGUGCGCGUGGGGCAGGCAGUGGACGUGGUGGGCCAGGCUGGCAAGCCAAAGACCAUCACUGGCUUCCAGACCCACACAACGCCGGUGCUGCUGGCCCACGGUGAGCGGGCAGAGCUGGCCACAGAAGAGCACCUACCGGUCACCCCCAUCCUGGAAGGCUUUGUUAUCCUGCGCAAGAAUCCCAACUACGAUGUCUGAAUUCCCUGAGGUGUUUGGGGAUGGGGGUGGGG